UGGUCAACACCCUCCCGGUGCAUUCACUGCAGUCGCUCAGGCAGCCCAAUCAGAGCGAACCGGAGGAGGGCUGUGAUUCUCCAGCGCUGCGCUCGCUCUGUUGCAUUUUAAAUACCAGCCUGGGCCCCCUCCCAACCCUUCCUUCUCACUCCUUCCAGUCUGUACAGAAGGGAUAACAAGAGGUUGAAGACAAGGAGGAGGUGGAGGAGGAAAGGGGGGAGGGCAGCCCUUCUCGAGACGAGCAGUUGUAGCAAGGAAGAGGAUGCGAGCUUAAAGAGGAGGAAGAGCAGCAGCAGCAGCCUCUUCUAGCACCUGCUGUGGGCCUUCUCCGUCCGGGCCUUUUGUUCUUCUUGGCUCCUGUUUGGAUGCUACUUUCAUCCUGUGAUUCUCUCCACCAUUUCCCGGAACGCCAGCUGCUGCGUCUUUUGAUUUUGCUCCUUCUCCGUCCCCCUCGGCCGUGUUGGUUUGUGCCCGGCAAAAGCUGAGUCAUCAUGUCUGAUCUGACGCCCCAGAGCGAAACCCCGACUCCCACCACAGACAAGAUCACCCAGGCCGCCCGGGAGACUAUCUAUCUGUGCAACUUUCGCGUGUCCGUCGACGGCGAGUGGCUGUGCCUGCGCGAGCUCAAUGACAUCUCGCUCACCCCAGACCCGGAGCCGGCACACGAAGAUCCCAAGGAUCCUAUUGCGAUCGAGAGGCUUAACUUGAUGAACAUGGCUAAGCUGAGCAUCAAGGGCCUGAUCGAAUCCGCGCUCAACCUCGGACGCACACUCGACUCGGACUACGCACCUCUCCAGCAGUUCUUUGUCGUAAUGGAGCACUGUCUGAAACAUGGCUUGAAAACUAAGAAGACCUUCCUGGGGCAGAACAAGUCGUUCUGGGGGGCGUUGGAGCUGGUUGAGAAGCUGACGCCGGAAGCCGGAGAGAUCACUGCCAGUGUAAAAGACCUUCCUGGCCUCAAAACUCCUCUGGGGAGAGGGCGUGCCUGGUUACGACUGGCCUUAAUGCAGAAGAAGCUGUCCGACUACAUGAAGACCAUCAUCAAUAGGAAGGACCUGCUCAGUGAAUUCUAUGAGCCCAACGCGCUGAUGAUGGAGGAAGAAGGCGCCGUCAUCGCCGGGCUGCUCGUCGGACUAAAUGUCAUCGAUGCCAAUCUGUGUAUGAAGGGCGAGGACCUGGACUCGCAGGUUGGGGUGAUCGAUUUCUCCAUGUACCUUAAAGACGGCGGUCACAGUAGCAAGAGUGCAGAGGGUGACGGUCAGAUCACAGCCAUUCUCGACCAGAAGAACUACGUGGAGGAGCUGAACAGACAUUUAAGCGCUUCAGUAAAUAACCUCCAGGCCAAGGUGGACGCCCUGGAGAAGUCCAACACCAAGCUGACAGAAGAGCUUGCCGUGGCAAAUAACAGGAUCAUCACUCUACAAGAAGAUGUGGAGAGAGUAAAGGAAGAGAGCUCGUAUCAGUUAGAGUCCAGGAAGGCAUCACGGAGUGACUCAGCAGCAGACGGACCAGCGCUGGCGGAAACACGCAAGCAGCUCAAAGAGGAAACUUUGCUCCGAUUGGACGUGGAGAAGGAGCUGGAGGUGCAGAUCGGGAUGAAGCAGGAGAUGGAGAUGUCCAUGAAGAUGCUGGAGAAGGACAUCUGUGAGAAGCAGGACGCCCUGGUGGAGCUCCGGCAGCAGCUGGAGGACCUCCGUGCUAUCAACCAGCAGCUCAGCCACAAGUCACAGAGCGCCGACGCCGGCUCCAGACAGAAGAGCGAAGCCAUCGCUCGCUUGGAGGAGAAGAUCAACCAGAUGUCAGGAACCAUCAAACAGCUGGAGACCAGAUGCAAGCAGGCCGAGCGGGAGCGGGAUCUGGCUCUGGAGGCCAACCGGCUCUUCAAACAGGACUUUGGAGACAAAAUCGAGAGUCUGCAGGUGGAGGCGGAGCAGCUGCGCAAACACAGAUGGAAUCUUGAGCACGAGCUGAGGAGAGAGCGCGACCGGAGGGGCGAAGCUCAGAGCAGACAGCCCAGCGCUCCUCAGAGGGAGAGGAGGCCUCCUGAGAGCCCGCCCACGCUCGUCUCAGAACAGGUCCAGAGUGGAGAGCCAAGCUUCAGCUUGUCUUUGCCUCAUGAGGACGAGCAGGACGAGACGCCUGCGCCGACCGGUCAGCCUUCCAUGUGCUCCAUGUGUGAAGAGAGCGACUCCCUCCUGAGAGCCAAGAAACGCUGCAAGAACUGCAGUGAGGUUUUCUGCGAGAGCUGCGUGUCCAAAGAGCUGCCGCUGCCUUCCUCCAUCCUGCCCGAGACCGUGUGCGCAUCCUGCUACUCCCAGCUGCUGCAGAGCUACGCCUCCACCCCCACAUGAGCAGCGGGAACCCCGCCUUUUUAACUGAACUCUGCGGACGAUCCCGUUCCAACGCCACAGGAGGAGUUUCUCCUGCUCUUAUGGACAGCAUCCAACAUCUCAUUCAUGUUACUGGAACCGACUUUUUUUGACGUUUGAAAGGUAAAAAAAAAAAAAAAAAGGGUAGGGGUAAACACUGGACUGGAUUCAGCUUCAGUUAGUCAUAAAUGUGUUCGUUGAUGUAACCUCUUAAGCCAAAAACAUGGAUAUCUUUCGUUGUUCUGCAGGACGGCAUUCUAACCAAAUACCUAAAAGGUAGAAGGGGAAGUGAAGGGAAAUCUGAGCCCCGCCUUCUCUUUGAACAGUACAUCCAGAUUCUUUAGUGUUUGCUUCUGGUUUAAACAGUUUUUUUUUUAAAUCACAGAACACUGGUGUUUCCUCUGAAUGGUGAUUAGUCAGAAGCAAAAUAUCAUUAGAUUAGCACAUCAAGAAGUAUGGAAACAGAUCUCAGCAGGUUUACAUCAUCUGGACGAUCUUUAAGGAGGGAAAAUCCCCCUGUAAAGACGUUUAAGGUGAUCCGUGUCACGUACUCCAGACUUAAUUUAUCUUUCUAACACGUGAUGUUUCCACUUUCGGUUUUGCACAUGUUGAAGAGGUGAGUUUGUGCACUUUAAAUGAGGUUUGUUUUUCCUUUGCCUCUGUUGCGACUCUCCAUGCUAAGCUAACUGACCACACAGGGAAGCUCGCAAACCUUCUUACAAGGCGGGAUAAUCAAAGACGCUAACAGACCCUCCUGGGAUGUUUUGCUGGAUUUCUCUUGGCUCUUUGUAAAGUUAAGCUGUGGCAUUAGCACAGAACUUAACUGUCUGCUCUGGACUAGCGAGUAGCAGUGUUUUCUUUUUCACAUGUUGCGGUAAUCCCGGGGAAGCUCAUUUGUGAGAUGAAAAUGCUUCUUGAAUCAACAAUAAACGGAUCUGAUUUUA